UGUCUUAUGUGUCAGUGUCCGAAAAAGUUGCAGCUUUACUUUGACAUCGAGCGCACUAGGGGCUACGAACAUGGGACUACUACGAGAUGAACUUCUGAAGUCAAUAUGGCAUGCAUUCACAGCCUUGGACGUGGAUCAAAGUGGGAAAGUGUCCAAAUCACAGCUUAAGGUGCUCUCUCAUAACCUGUGCACCGUGAUGAAGGUACCCCAUGACCCGGUGGCACUGGAGGAGCAUUUUAAGGAUGAUGAUGAGGGCCCUGUGUCCAACCAGGGUUACAUGCCUUACCUCAAUAGAUUCAUACUGGACAAGGUUAGGGAUAACUUUGACAUACUGGAGUUCAACAAUGUGUGCUGGACCCUGUGUUUCAAGAAAAACAUCAACAUGAGCCAUCUUCUCAUCUCCAACGAUGAUGCCUUCAAGGUCUGGUGCAUCUUCAACUUCCUGUCUGAAGACAGAUACCCACUGGUCAUCAUCACAGAGGAAAUUGAGUACUUCCUGCGGAAGCUGAUGGAGGCCAUGGGAGGCAUUUGGAAUCAGGAGAGGUUUGAUGAUUACAAGCUCAUGUUGAACAGGAAGCAGCAAUGCCCGAGUGCCUGGGAGCUGAUAGAGCUGGUUGGCAUGGGCCACUUUAGUAAGGGCAUGAACCGCCAGACCCUGUCCAUGGGCAUCUCUGAGGUCUUCCAGGAGCUCAUACUGGAUGUUCUCAGACAGGGCUACAUGAUGAAAAAAGGCCACAAAAGGAAAAAUUGGACAGAGCGCUGGUUUGUGCUCGGACCAAACUCUAUGUCAUACUAUGUGAGUGAGGACCUCACUGACAAGAAGGGGGACAUUUUGCUGGACCGCAACUGUUGUGUGGAGUCUCUACCAGACAAGGAGGGGAAGAAAUGCCUCUUUAUAGUCAAGUGCAGCGACAAAAGCUUUGAGAUCAGCGCAUCAGAUAAGAAGAGGAAACAAGAAUGGAUUCAAGCCAUCCAAACAUGCAUCCAGCUGCUGAGGUUGGGCCUGCCCUCUCCGCACCGUGAGGCCAGGCUACGGCGCAGGGAGCUCAGGCAGAAACAGCAGGCCGAGCAUGGGGAGCUGGAGGAGAGGAUGAGGCUGCUGCAGAUAGCCAAUGAAAGCAAGCAUAGACAGCUGGAGUCCAUGACGAAGAAAUUGGAGGAGGCAGUGGCCACAGCAACUCUGGAGGAGCAGAGGAGAAAACAGACCCAGACUGACCUGCAGGACCGCUACAGAACGGACCUAGAGAGAGAGAAAAUGGUUCGUCAGCAGAUGGAGGAGCAGGUGGCCCAGAAGUCCAGUGAGUUGGAGCAGUACCUGCAGCGUGUCAGGGAGCUGGAGGACAUGUACCACCGCCUGGAGGAUGCACUAGAGGAUGAGAGACAGGCCAGGCAGGAUGAGGAGACCAUGCGCAAACUACAGACCAGGCUUCUGGAGGAGGAGUCAGCCAAGCGGGCGGAGCUAGAGCAGAUCCACCUGCAGCAGCAGAGGGCCAUCUCCCAGACCCAGGCUGAGAAGCAGGAGCUGGAGAGCGACCGGCUGGCCAAAGAGAUGGCCCUGCAGGCAGCCAUGCUGCAGCUGGAGAGUCUUGAGAGAGAGAGGCAUGGAGCGCUGGAGCAGUACGAGGAGGUGAGAAUGAAACUGGAGCAGGCAGCUAAUAAGACCAAGAGCUGGAAAGACAAGGUGGCCAAGCAUGAGGGACUGGUCCGUCUCGUCCAGCCAGGCGAUAAAGGACCACAGAGGAUGACUAACUGGGGCCCAGCAGCCUUCACAGACACUGAGCUGGACCUGAGGAAGAAGUCCUGGCAGGAAAGGAAGAACCACAACCAGUCAUCCCAGUAGACUAGAGAUGGUGCUUCUUACCUGAUGGUCCAGAGAUCUUUCCACGAUCGUGUAGCAUCAGGAUACUGUUGUCUUGUGUUGUUGAGAAUUAACUCAUGUGUACGGUUGCAAAUUUCCUGAAACUUUCCCAAAAUGUCCAGAAUUUCCAGAAAUCCUUAUUGCUGAAUUCUCGAUUUCCUGCUUAUUUUCUCCUAAUUCUGGGAAUCUUCUGACUGGGAUAUCUGGAAUUUUUAAACCCUACUAAAGUCUUUAACCAGGAAAUAGAGCUGUAUAUAUUCAGUGAAUAAUAUGUUAAACUUUUUUUUGAAAUAAUGUCAUGAGAAAGUAAUAAGAUUAAAGUAAUAAGAUAAAAGUAAUAAGAUGUUUUAUAUUUAAAAUGCCAAAACAUAAGUAGCGCAUCUUAUAAAAUAUAUUUAAAGACA